AUGCUACGCAAGGGCCGCGGGGCUUGGACUAUACUUCGGGCAUCGAUCACCCGACGCUUACGGCUCAAGGAUAACACCCGCCCCGCGGAUAAAUUCGAGAGGAAUGAGCAAGCAACAGGCCAUCUCGAUGCCCACGACACACCGACAACACAAUCUCCCGAUAUCCACGUCACACCACCACCCGCUCGAAGGGAUACACGAUGCAGUGACACGGACGGGAUUGUCAAUCAGCUGGCACUCCUAGCAGCCAGCGUUACACGAUCAUCCCCGCGGACCACAAUCUGCUCUAAAAGAUCAUCCUCUCCAUUGUCCGCAAAUGCACAGAGCACGAGACCAGAUGGUGGCAACAGCCAGGAAUAUCUAGUCGAAGACGUGGAAUCCUUCCAUUACCUGCGCAGUCUGAUCACCAUCUCUUGCCUACCGCAGCAAUCCUCGCCCGGCAAAGCUCCAAUCAGAACUACCAUCGACGGACCCGAGAAGCAGUCACCUGGUCGAAAAAGGGCAUCAUCAAGGCUUAGCUUGCGCCUUGGCGAUCUCCCCGGUCUUUCCUUUCCCAAGGUGCCCAGGAAGCCUUGUCCCCGUUAUACCCCCCUGCCGCCGGUAUAUACCCCCAAGCCAAUCGCAAUGCGCCCCGAGGUUCGGUUCUGA